AUCAUUCCCUGCUCGUCUGCCAGGUGUUAUGUCAUCCCUGGCGACCCUCUCUCUGUUGGCCACGAGCACAUCAACCACGCAACAACGUUUGCUUGCUCAAUGGGAAACGCAGUCCUUUGAUCCUCCACUGCCCAAGCCGAGUAUAACUUUUUCUUCCUUCUGCAGCUUCCGCUAUUCCUUGUAUCUAUCCUGGUCCCCUUUGUCCCUCCCUCACUCCGCUGGCCGCGCCGCCUCUUGCCUGUCGCCCACCCGUUCCGUCCUGAUUUCGAAUCGACCACGUCAACGCUACUAAGCUCGCCACACUGCGACCACGCCCGAUUGUCGAACGCGACACCACUGCCACCACCCAUUGUCUCGAUUCCGCUAGAACACAGCCGUCAUGUCUGUCGAGCUUGAUCCCUCGGAGCUCGGCUUCCAGCGGCCUUUCACCUCCGAGGUCGCCCAGGUCCUCCGGAUCCGGAACCCCAACAGUCUCCCUGUCGCCUUCAAGGUCAAAACCACGGCGCCGAAGCAAUAUUGCGUCCGCCCCAACUCAGGCCGGAUCGAGCCGGACCAGGAGGUCCAAGUCCAGGUCCUCCUCCAGGCUAUGAAGGUGGAUCCUCCGGCAGAUGCGAAGUGCCGUGACAAGUUCUUGGUUCAGGCCGUGCAGAUCAGCCCGGACAAGGCAUUCACAAGCGUUUCGGAGAUUUGGGACGCCGCCCCGAAGAGCUCGAUCCAGGAGAGGAAAAUACGGGUCUCCUUCCUGCCCGCCGAUAAUGGUUCGGGUGCGGUGGCUACCACCCCGGCGAGGAGCAAGUCUCCUGGAAGCGGAGGCGACGCCACGCCUGAUGUUGCUCCCCCGUCCUACUCAUCCCCUGCCGCUCACCCACCGGCGUCGAGGCAGUCUCUGCAACCCGAGCCGAGCCCGUCCGCCGACAAGAGGAAGACGCUUUACCACGAGUCUCCUCUCUCUACUGCCGUCACCGACGCUACUUCCGCCCUGAGCGCGGCCACGGCCCAGGUGUCCAACUCCAAGCCAGUCGAACAGGUGAAGGAGAAGGUGGCCGAGGCUAAGAGCGCGGUUGCUGCCAAGGUUGAGGACAGCGGACUUAAGCAGCGCAAGCUUCCAUCGGCCGUCAAGAGCGCCCCGUCGGCGCCGGCUCCAGUCACACAGGUCCACCCGGCGGCCCGCCAAGAGACCAUCCAGGGCGUACCUGUUCAUGUAGUGGCCGCCCUAUGCCUGCUGAGUUUCCUGUUGGCCUACUUCUUCUUCUAGGCCUAGAAGGAGCUUGUCCGAACUGGUGGCUUUGCCAUCGUCCACCGAGCGCAGAACUAGUGGUGACUUCCAGUCGCCGGGCCUCGACAUUCCGUUUCCUUGAUUCCCAAGCCUUAUACAUCCUGGGCGAUACCCUAACCCUCCUUGAUUUUCAUUUUCAUUUUUCUCAUGUCGGUAAAGGAAGAGGCUUUCCUGGACGGGACCGCUCCUGUUUCCGCACGCGCCAGCGCCCGGUUGGUAAAGCCAAGGCCCUGGAGAUUGGCUGUGGAGAACCGGGACUGGACCAAAGGAUCUGCGCGCCCCGUGCCCCGACCAUGUCUACAGCAGCCAUGUACUUGGGGAUUCAAGGCGGGGAGGAGGAUAACGAGGAGGAAGCAGAGGAUGCCAAGGAGUGGCAUGUUCCAAAGUGAGUGUUAUCAGCAGCUUUUUCUUGCGCUUCACUUUUCCCCACUGUUCUCAUCAUCAACCCCUAAGCAGUGAUGCUAAGGGCGAUGAGGAGAUACCUGUAUUUUAUGCUGUAUUUUCGAAGAGGCAGCUCGUUUCAUUUGUAAUUCGUCACGCGUAGAGAUUUUCCUCUGUCUUUGCUCGUCCUCCUUUUCAGGACUCAGGGAUCGUGAGAUCUGGUGUUCAUCCGUGGUGCUCAUUCGCCGGUUCUCAACUUUAGCCGGAGUGAAGAACUGGUACAUUGGUGACGGUUCACUGUAAUGACAGGGUCGUUGGGUGUGUCUCCUGACCAUUUCUCACUCUAGAUAGGUAAACAUUUGCUUUUAUAUUCAUAUUCUACUUUGCCCCCCUGUCUAUGC